CGCAACAGUACACUGCCUGAUGCAUUUGACAGACCAGCGCCCCAUCAUCGGCGCCCACACCGCCCACGGGCAGCCCGGCGACCUUUGUUGGACUGAACCUUCACGUACGGCGGGAUCGUGUCGGGUUGUUCCCUCGUUCCACCCGCAGUCAAGCCACACUUCAAUCCUCGAUAUCAAGUGUGCAACUGAGCCAACGAGCGCAAUGCUGCACCGUCUGUCGCGUCUGCUAUCGGGACCGCCAGCCUAUGCUUGGAUUGUCCUGGCCAUAAGUGUCGCGUUCAACGCUAUCACGUUGUCAAACCUCCAAGGCAGCGCGUCGAGGAACGGAAGAACUACGGUAUGUGGACAGUUGGUCGUUCAAUACCGCAACUGAAACACCACGGUACUGCCUUAUUCUACAGGUUCUACUGGAGAUCAUGACUAUCCGAGGGAACUUCCCGUGUCGCUGGACUGGUUGCCAUGACGUUGAGAACUCGGACCAUUACAAGAUCACGGGCGAUCUCAAUACGUGGACGGAGUGGCAGACCCUCACGCACAUGUUUCCUCAGGGCCACCCGAGCGUUCGUCUCGGCCCCGAAGGACGGGAAUUCAACGUGUCGAUGUUCACGCAGCUGCAGUGCAUCGACACCCUCCGUCAAGCUCUGAUCUACGGGCCAAACGCACACAGCGGUCAAUGCCUGAACUACCUCCGCCAAGCCGUCCUCUGCUCCUCCGAUAUCACCAUCGAUGCUAUGGACGCCAAGGACGAAAAGGGCAACCUCAUUGGGACAGACGGUGUAGGGUCAACGCACGUCUGCAGGGACUGGUCGCGUAAUCAGAAGGGCCCGCUCUGGGAUUCGUCUACCCUACGAUGUAGACGUUUUUGACGUUCAGUCGAUUUCUCUUCGACCGUAGCUCGUCUUGUUCCGCGACCUCUG